UGUAUCCGUGCUGAAAUUUCGUCAAACGUCAGACCUGGUAGAAGUUAAGCUCUAAAUUUGGUUUAUAACCCUCAUAUGGUCCUAGUUACUAAGUGAACACUUUCAAGGUCAGUCUAGCAUGGAUCAAGGGUCGUUCGUAAAUUAUAGUCCCACCGAAGAAAUAAGCAAUACCAAGUAGUCAUAUAACUUUAAUUUGUCAUGAAUGAUGAUGUUAGGAUCUAAGAAAUGACUCCAAGCAACUGGUUGAUGAUGGUUGUGUUUGAAUUUUGCAGUAAACGACCAUAUUUAGCUGCACUACUUUCCUACUGGCCAAUCCUCUCACUUCUGUCAUGGAUUUGAUGCGACGUCUACCGCCGCAAAAAAUCAAUCAUACUUUGGUGGAUGUAAUCUCGCUUAAACCAGAACACUGUGAAGAUAUUUUAAGUUCAGUGGAUCAACCUUUAAAGAUCGCGAGAGAUGUCCAUGCUGAUCGUGAUUAUUUAUUAUGCGAUUAUAAUAGAGAUGGUGAUUCUUAUCGAUCACCUUGGUCAAAUACCUACGACCCACCACUAGAAGAUGGAGCUAUGCCAAGUGAAAGUCUUCGUAAACGAGAAAUAGAAAUUAAUACAGCUUUUGAUCAAUACAGAGAAAUGUAUUAUGAGGGAGGGAUAUCUUCAGUUUACCUAUGGGAUAUGGAUCAUGGAUUCGCUGGGGUUAUUCUGAUAAAGAAAGCUGGUAAUGCUAAGUUGGCUAGUGGUUGUUGGGAUUCAAUACAUGUUAUUGAUGUUGUUGAAAGGCCUUCUGCUAAAAUAUCCUUAUAUAAGCUUACAAGUACAGUUAUGCUAUGGCUUCAAACCCAACGAGAAUCUGCAGGUUAUUUCAAUCUUGGUGGUAGUCUUUCAAGAUUCAGUGAGCGUGAACUUCCUUUGGGAGACUCAGGUGUUCCAAUAACUACUUCACAUAUUGUUAAUAUUGGCCGUAUGGUAGAAGAUGUUGAAAACUCAAUCCGCUCAACGCUCAAUGAAGUAUAUUUCGGUACAACAAAAAAUAUUGUUGAUUCAUUACGUUCUAUCGUACCUGCCUCAGAAGAGGAAAAACGUCGGCGUUUAGUUCAAGAAGUACACACAGCAUUACAAAACAAGUCCCAGUUAUAGAUACUCUUCAUUUCACCACAUUUAGCUCUAAUAUGCGCUAAUGACUUUUUGAUUUUUUCUCCUAAACACCGAAUAUUUCAAGAAUACUCAGUAUUUCUUUUAAAUGAUUGCUAUUCCCCUUUUAUGUGUUAUUCAGUUGUGUCGUUUUUAUCUGUGGUAUUCGUAAACUUCAGUGUAUCUGGGACUUACAAAACUUUUUGAUUCUUAGAAAAACUUCACGUCGGUCGUUUUCUUAUAUGUCGCUUUUUUAUAAUAUCAUUCCUGUUAACAAUAUUUUUUGAAGUCAACUUUGAAGAUAACCUCGAAUACGUGUAUUUCAUAAUUCUACUUUAGUAUUUUCACUAUGCAAAACGGAAUCAUCUCUGGCCCUCUUAUUUGUUAACGAUGGUUAAUGACAACCUGUUUUUAAAACUAUUAUUGACUUUAUUGCACAGUUGGAGUUCGGAAACUAUUAGACUAAUCAAGUUUCACUCAGUUUUGUGUAUUUGUUUUCUGUGCCUAGUUUUGAUAUACCUAUAGUUAUUGGCUUGUAUUGUCAUUGCGAUGGUUCCCAAGGUGUUCUCAUCACAGUAUUUCGAAUAAAACUGAUCUUUAACGUUUAUCACAGUAUUGCCAGUGGGGUGCAAAUCCGUUUCUCAUUUCACCAUCUUUUUCUAGGAAUUUCGGUUGAGUUUGAAAGUUAGUUUCGUAUUGAUUCCCAUAUUUAAUAUUAUGGAAGAUAUCGUUGGUCAAUGGCUUUAAGUCUGUUCAGUACAUUUGAAUAUUUAAUAGUAACUUUGAGUUGCUGGGUCAUAGCUUCCGCGACUAGUCCCGAGUUAUAUAUGAAUAGUACGAAGCAGUAUCUAGGCCGUCCAGCCUUCGAAACAUAAUGAUACCAAACUUUCACUUUUCCAAAUCUACUUCUGGAUUAUAUACCUUGCCAGCUUUUGACUAAGUUGGCAUGUCUGAACAAUUUUCUGGGACACAAAAUAAUAGUUAACAAUCAAUACUGAACUUGUAAUGGUCCUUUCCGGUAUUUUAACUACAACACUGGUCAGGCUGAUAGGUCUUUAGUUUGACGGGAAUUAUCUUGGUCCUGUUUUAUGAAUCAGAGUGACAACUGCAUCCUUCUAGUCGGUAGGUAACACCCUGGCCAACUGACAUAUUGAAUACCAUAGUAAGUGUUGCAGCAAUAUAUUAUGCUAUUUGUGUCAAGAUUUCAGUGUAUAGUUCGUCUGGUUCUGUUGAUUUUUCCAUGUCUAAAGUUCGAAGGGUCUUGGGUACAUCGUCACGACCAAAGGUCAUGAUCGGC